AUGUUCUUCAAAGAACAGUUAUUUUUGUUAUUUCUAACAAUUAACCAAAUUAAUUGUGAAGAUGUAACGGUCACGUUAAAUUUAAAAAGGGCGUUACAUGUUGUUAGUGAUCAGUUUAUUAGUUUUAAUGUGGAUCCCAAGUAUUUUUUUCAAAAUGUUAAUUUGAGUGAUUCAGAAAAUUACAACAUAAUUAGUGCUUUAUCACCUGCGUUUAUACGUUUAUCUGGUCCAUCGACUAAAGUAUUAACAUGGGCUGAUCCUGAUAAAUUAGGAACGGAUAAUGAUCAUUUAUUGACUGGAUUAUAUGGUUUAACACCAAAGAAAUGGAUUGAUUUUAAUGAAUGGGCUUUAAAUACAAAUUUAACACCAAUAUUUGCAUUAAAUGAUCGACAUAGAAUUAAUGGUGUUUGGGAUCCAAGAGAUUCGCUGGCCAUGAUGACCAUAACAGACCAAAUGAAUUAUAGCUGUUUUUGGGAAUUGGGAUAUGAUGGUACAAAUACAACUUUAAACCAAUACAUCUCUGAUUUGACAUCGUUACAGCAUAUUUUGGAUGCGUUUCCAGCAUCUAAAGAUUACUGGGGUACCAUUGGAAGUGAUUUCAGUGGAUGUAUAGAAAAACCUACCUUUGAAGUAAUACGUAAUUUUCUUUUAAGUGUAGAAAGUUCAUUAGACGCAAUUAAUUGGCAUAUAAAAAAUAAUGGCGAAGAAAAAUUCUUAACUGAAAAAGAUCCAAUUGUGAAAGCUUUAAUGCCAACUGCCAAAACAAAAUUACCUGUAAUGUUAACAAUACCAUAUGCUGAUAAGACUGCAUCAUUUCGUAAUGCUUUAGAAUGGGCUUUAGAAUUGGGAAACGCAGCCAAAUUUGGAUUUGGAGUAGUAUUUCGUCAACCUACUAAAGUCGAAUUAUUAAAGGAAACGCCAGUAUUUUGGGUAGGACUUUUACAUAAAAAUUUAUUGGGUAGAAAUAUCUUAGACGUAAAAGUAACGGGAACAAAUCGAACUCGUAGCCAAGUUUAUGGUCAUUGUACAAAGCGUCAAAAUAAUUAUAUCCGGCGUGGUGCUGUAACUUUAUUCGCAAUUAAUACGCAAAAAACAAAUAUGUCGAUUGCACUUCGACCAUUUGGACCACAAAUGCGAUCAGUUGAAAUUCAGAGUUAUGUACUAACAUCUAAUGGUAACAUUGAAGAUUCGGAAAUUUUCUUAAAUAAUGAAAAGCUGACUUAUGAUGUGGUUAGUAGAACAGGAAAACUAGAUUUAAUACCAAAAAUUCGACGUGCAAGAGCAAAUAAAAUCAUCAAUUUGGAAUUACCACCAUUAUCAAUUGGGUUCUUUGUAUUACCAGGUGCUAGAUCUCCAGCAUGUAUCGUUGGUGAAAUUGAAAGUGAAUUGAUCGUUGAGGAAAUUAUUGAAGAUCAAAACGCAGCUGUAGAUGUUGAAAGAACUGCAAAUUCUAAGGAAGAAGACGUUUCUUUACCCGAAAAUUCAGAAGAAAGUUUCGAAACGGAAGAGAAGCCAAUCCAAGCUCAAUGGGAGAAAAUUUUACAUACUAAAUCAAAAGAUCCAAAACUAAUGGAAAAUUACAAUUUUACUCGACAGCAUUUUAUUGAUCGAGCAAAAUUACUUGAAAAACAUAAACAACUUCAAGAGACUGAACAACAUCGCCUUGAUUUGAAACAUAAACUUGCAGAGAAAAUCCGUAAGCAGGAAACACAGAAGCAAGCUGAAUUGGAUCGUCUUCAAGAUUUUGAAUUAACCAGCGAUGAGAUUCAAUUAAUAUUAGCACAAAGGGAUAAGAAAAAUGUGAAAUUACGAGCAAAAAGAUUUUUACCGAUUGAUAUAAUGAAAAGUUUUGCAGAACGUGCAAAAAAAGAAAGUAAUAAAAAUGAUAAAGUUGAUGUAAAUAAUAAUCCGCCGUUAAAAAGCAGAACAAAACGCCAAAUUACUUUCGAUGAAGGUCGGUAUUCAGGACGUAGAAAUAGUCGUUUAGCAGGUCGUCUUGAAAGAUUACGUAAUAGGAAAGAAACCGUAGAAAACGAUCAAUAUAAUCCAAAUAAUAAUUAUGGAUUAGAUCAACCUUCCCCACCUCCAACUGAUAUUGGAGUAAAACCAAUAAAAGUUAUUCCACAAGGGGAUGUUUUUAUGGGUUUAUUAACUGAGAGUGUUGAGAGAAAUAAUGAUUAUGACUAUUUGGAAAGUGAAGAACACUCCCCCCGUCACACAGAGCCACAAUUUAGAAAUACAAAUCAACAAAGAAAAUCAAAAAUUGACCGAAGAAAUCGUAAAAAUGGUAAAACUGUUGCGGAAGAAUCAACGACUGGUGUCAUAGACGGAAGGUUUUUAGAAGAUUUUAAUAUUUAUACAAUGGCGGAAAAUGCAAAUGAAUGGUCCAUAAUGGAUGGCGAUGAUAAUGAUCAAUUGUUCCAUGCUGGGCAUUUUUAUGAAAACUUACACAAUAAUCCUUUACAUAUCGGUCAUGAAAUUAAACGAACGGAAUGGAAAGACUAUGGCGAAUUGUUUGAGGUUGAUAGUUUGAAAGAUUCUGAUGAGGAAGACGAAAUAUCAUCGUUGGAAAAUUAUUAUGGUGAUUUCGUGGAAAAUAAAAAUUUGUAUCCAGUAGAAAAAUUUCCUCAAAAUUAUGUAGAAGAUGUACAACAAAGUAUAACAGAAUCUGAAGAAAGUAAUGAAUCGGAUUCAAGGCAAGAGCAUGAAAAAUUACAAGGGCAAGAUUCACAAAAACGUGAAGUUAGAGUUUUACCAGAUAGAAAUUUCUUAGAACAAAAUAAAAAAAUUGAUACUACCAGAAAUAAUAAUUACUUUAAAGAUAAUUCAAUCACUAGAUCCACAACUUCAACAACUUCAAUGCCUGUAACAAAGAAAAAACGUAAACCAUCUACUCCAAUUCCAGAACUAAGACCUUUAACCACAACAACAACAACAUCAACCACAACAAGUACAACACCUUUCCCAUUAUAUACGCCACAACAACCAAAACGACGACGCCCUAGACCUCCACAAGAUGAUAUUCCUGAUUAUAUGCGAUUCAAACGUGAUGUUAGUAACAUACAAAAAAUACCACCAAAACAUCAAGCCAAAUCGGUAAUAAAUCCAAAUAAUAUACAAACAAUCACACCGAAAAAUACAAAAUCGAAUGGCAAUGACGUAAAACGAGCUCAUCGUAGAAGAAGAGAUGCGGAUACUACAAGUGUAUUUGAUUCUGAAACAAUUACAACUGAAGCAAUGGUAACAGAAUACGAAACCACAACGGCCAGUAUUCCAAGUAUUGAUGACUUGGAUGAUGUUUCAAAUAUGGAUGCAGAAAAUGAUGUUGAUUAUGUGGAACCAAACGAAGAACAUUUUAAAUAUGUAAUUGGAAGACCAUACGAUUCUACUAAAUUGAAACCUCUGAAUGAAAAACGUUCAAAUAAUUUCCAAAGAUUUUUAAAAAAUAGGUUAGCAAGAACGAGAAAACGAUUUGAGAAAAAAAAUCAGGCUGGAAAAGUGAAAACUGGUAUGCAAAACGAUACAACGAUAAUAGAUAACAUAGAGACAACAAAUGUUAUGGAGGUUGAAACUACAACAACAGCAAUUCCUACAACCGAUGUUGGAAAUAAGUUGAAUGAGCAAGACUCAGCCAACAUCGAUCCAACUAUUAUUCGACACAAAACAGGAAUUGAAAAUUUACGACGUAGAAGACAAUUUACCCCUCUAGCAGAUCAUCGAAUGCAUAUUAGAAAUUUCUUACGAAACAGAUUUGGUAAAAAUAAGCGUUCAAUUGAAAUGUCAGACCGAGAAAAUGAAAUUUUCGAAAAUAGUGAAGAGGAAUUAAAUAAAAAUGGUCAUGUAUAUAAAAUUAAAACACAACAAGGAAAAAAAAUAAUGGUUUUCGAUACGGCAAAAGCUGCACAUGAAUUUGAAAAUAAAUACACAGGAUCCAAAGAAAUCGUCGAUGAAAAGGUGGUUGUAUUUAAUUUAUUUACUACAGAAACUCCUCUAGCCCUCGAUUUAAUAGAGAAUAAAUGGAGUGAUUCUUCUGCCUCUGAUAAUAAUGACGAUGACAGCUCUUUAUCGCACCAUGCUGAAACUGCCGAAGAAAUAUAUUCAUUGAAUAGUGACAGCAGCGGUAGUGAUACUUUCGACGAUAAGGAUACAGAUUCAUGGGGUGAUUUAUCAGACAAUAAUGAAGGUGAUAAAAAGAAAAUUAUAAUUGUAACAGGUCAUCCGUUUCAACCGUUUUCUCCAUUUGGAGGUAACCAAUUAGUUGGUAAUUUCCUAGAAACUAUUUCAAAAGUCUUAGAACGUGUGCACAAGCGAUUAUCCGGUUAUUUUACUGCGCUAUAAAUAUAUGUAUACCUAUUUAUUUUAGUUUAUUGAGUUUAGAUUAUUACAUUAAUUUUUAAGACUUGAAAGUCGUAUCUUACCUUUAACCCUUUUCUUUCUCCGUCCACACACCUGACUUCAAUAAUAGAUUAUUUCUUCUAAA